CCAACGUAUUACAACUUCCUGUUUCGCAAAGCGCUGAGUUAGGCUCUUGUUUGCUACCCAGCUAGUAAGCUUAAAUGCCCAACAAGAUUGUGUCUAACCUUAGUGUCCUAAUACAGUGCUAACAAGCAAAAAGUGCGAUUUACUGCAAUUGGUGAAAUAAUGUCGGACAGUCCGGAUUUGCCACCAAGCGAUGAGCAGAAUUUAGAGAUACAAGGCUCUGUUACUAUUUGUCCUUCUGUUGUGAUGGAGGAAGAGGAGGAUAGCAUGUUUAAUGACCAACAUUUCUAUUGUGAGAUGUGUCACCAGCACUUCAUUGACCAGUGUGAGGUUCAUGGUCCACCAUUAUUCACAUGUGACUCACCAGCAGCUAUGGGCAUUCCUCAGAGAGCUCUGCUGACACUGCCGCAAGGCUUGGUUAUAGGUCGAUCAAGCAUCUCUAAUGCAGGGCUUGGGGUUUUCAACAAUGGUCAGACUGUUCCAUUGGGGAUGCAUUUUGGACCUUUUGAUGGAGAGUUGACUUCCGAGGAAAAGGCAAUGGAUAGUCCCUUCUCUUGGGUAAUUUACAAAGGCAAUAAUCAGUAUACUUACAUAGAUGCAGAGCGAGACACUCACUCUAACUGGAUGAAGUUUGUGGUGUGCUCAAGGAGUGAGAUGGAGCAGAAUCUUGUUGCAUUUCAGCAAAAUGGACGUAUUCUGUUCCGUUGUUGUCGCCCUAUAAACCCAGGGCAGGAAUUUAGAGUUUGGUAUGCUGAAGAAUAUGCUCAAGGACUUGGCAUCAUCUGGGAUAAGAUCUGGGAUAAGAAAAGCAUUUAUCUAGGUCCAACUGAAGAGCUGGCAACUCAGGACUGUCUAUGUCCUUAUUGUCAUUACUCCUUCCCAACAGUUGUUUAUCUGCGUGUUCAUGUGAAGCGCUCACACCCCGAUGAGUAUGCACACUUUAUGCAGACACAGCCACUAGAGUCUGUAGACAUAGACCAGGGCCAUCUGGCUUCUGAUGCAGCUCCUCCAACCUAUAUGCAGCCAACAAUAGAAAGCUGUCAGGAUCAAAUUUCAACCCCAAAUGGACAACCCAUCCAGCAGUCAGAAAAGUCAGACUGCACUGAUUUGUCUGAUACAUGCAGUAAUUGUUUAAGUGACCAGGCAAACUGUGUUGCUGAGGUCUCGGAUGAAAUGAAUAAAUGUGGUGAGUGUGGCCGUAACUUUUUGAGAUCUUGUCAUCUGAAGAGACUAUACCCUUGCACAAAGUGCUCCUUUUCUUUUGUUGCCAAAUCCAAUUUACAUCAACAUCUGAAACGGCAUCACCAUGGAGAGUACCCCAGGUUAGUUGAGAGUGGCUCGCUCACAGCAGGGACUGAGGGUGAAAUGGAGACAAAUUCUGACAAGCAUGACCCAACCUAUGAACCUCCUACUCGAGCAAAGAGGCCCAUGAAGAACACUUUGAGAGGCAGGAGUCACCCUAAAAAAGUGUCUGUUGGCCGACCAAGGGGACGACCACCUAAAAACAAGCGUGCAGCUCAGGAUGAAUUGCUUACCUGCACAGAGUGUGAACAAAGGUUCUCUGAUUUAGAGACACUAAAAACUCACCAAUGUGUGGGACAGGAUAAUAAUAAGAUCGACAAACCACAGGAAGCAGCAGAUUCUCAGCAUGUCUGUGGUGAAUGUCUGAGAGGCUUCAGUAAUUUUGAUCUUCUUAAAGCCCAUGAGUGCAUUCAGCUGGGAGAUGGAUCCUACUGUUGCUCUCACUGCAACCUUUACUUCAACCGUUUGUGUAACCUUCGUCGCCAUGAGCGCACCAUCCACUCCAAGGAAAAGCCCUACUGCUGCACCCUGUGCCUCAAGUCCUUCACCCAGUCUUCUGGCUUGAAGCGACACCAGCAGAGCCACUCACGCCGCAAAGGCCACCGCCAGAGCUCAGCUCUUGUUGAUGCCAGCAUCUUUCCCUGCACAUACUGCCCCUUCUCCUUCACCGAUGAGCACUAUCUUUACAAACACAUCCGCCGUCACCAUCCAGAAAUGAGUGUUAAAUAUCUGAGUUUCCAAGAAGGGGGAGUUUUGUCUGUUGAAAAGCCUCACAGCUGCAGCCAGUGUUGCAAGAGCUUUAGCACAAUCAAGGGCUUCAAGAACCACAGCUGCUUCAAGCAGGGGGAGAAGGUGUAUCUGUGCCCAGAUUGCGGAAAGGCAUUCAGUUGGUUUAAUAGCCUCAAGCAACACCAGCGCAUCCACACAGGAGAAAAGCCUUACACAUGUCAGCAGUGCGGAAAGAGUUUUGUCCACUCUGGACAACUGAAUGUGCACCUUCGCACACACACGGGUGAAAAACCUUUCCUGUGUUCACAGUGUGGCGAAAGCUUCAGGCAGUCAGGAGAUUUGAGGAGGCAUGAACAGAAGCAUUCAGGCGUGCGCCCAUGCCAGUGCCCUGAUUGUGGAAAAAGCUUUAGUCGGCCACAAAGUCUCAAAGCUCACCAACAGCUUCAUAAUGGCACCAAACUUUUCCCCUGCACUCAGUGUGGAAAAAGCUUUACUCGUAGAUACCAUCUCACCCGGCAUCUCCAGAAAAUGCACUCCUAACUAAAGAAGUAAAGACCCUGAUGAAUUAAUGAUGUCAUCAUGAAAAGCUUG